AAGCAACUGAACGUUAAAUUUGACGCACUUUUCCCUAUACAUAUCGGUACUAUCUGUUUGGGGACAAGAAAUUCUUGAAUGUUGGUAUUUCGUCAUCAUUAGCAGAAGACAGAAAGAUCUUGUGUGUAAAUAUAGUUUCUUGAACACUAAGGUUCAUAUUAUACUAGGAAAAAAUGGUUGGUACCAGAGUUUAUGUUGGCGGUCUAAGCUACAGAGUUGGGGAAAGAGAUCUUGACAGGUUCUUCAGAUCAUAUGGAAAACUUAGAGAUAUCGUCAUAAAAAAUGGUUUUGGUUUUGUGGAAUUUGAUGAUGACAGGGAUGCUGAUGAUGCUGUGUAUGAAAUGAAUGGCAAAGAAUUGUUAGGAGGAAGAGUAACAGUGGAAAAAGCAAGAGCAGCCCCCCGUUUACGAUGGCCCAGAGCUCCUCCUCCUCGAGGAUUUCAUUCCAGUCGAUUUGGUAUGGCAGCUCGUACAGAUUAUCGCCUGACUGUUGAAAACCUGUCCAGUAAAGUUUCUUGGCAGGAUCUCAAGGAUUUCAUGCGUCAGGCUGGGGAAGUGACAUAUGCUGAUGCUCACAAAUACAGAAGGAAUGAAGGGGUGGUUGAGUUUGCUACUUAUGCUGAUAUGAAAAAUGCUAUGCAUCGUCUAGAUGGGAAGGACUUGCAUGGGAGACGGAUUCGUUUGGUUGAUGAGUCGAAGUCUCGCUCGUCAAGACGUUCAAGAAGAUCAAGAUCAAGAUCAUCGUCUCGAUCAAGAUCUCGCUCUAGGUCACGCUCCCGUUCCAGCAGGUCCCGAUCCCACACCAGAUCCCGAAGCCGUUCACGUUCAAGGAGUGGUGGUCACAGUAAAAAGCGUCGCUCAAAGUCAAAUUCUAAAUCAGCAUCUCGCUCUAGGUCUCGUUCUGGCUCUGACAGAUCCAAGUCCAGGUCAAGGUCCAGAUCCCGAUCCAGGUAAUACAUUAUUGGUAGCAACUUGUUUUA